AUGUCGUCCCGUCGCGGUGUUGGGCUGGGAGCUUUUGUGAAUAAGAACCAGGCGUCACAGUCCUUUGCAGCCCAUGGAGCCAACCUGAGGUCAACGCAUGCGAGCUCUCUCCAGACCCAGCUGUCAGUAUUCCAGUCUCUACUACAUACCUUCGCUCUUGAACACGGAGAGACAAUUAAAUCAAAUCCUACCUUCCGAGCCGAGUUUGCACGCAUGUGCCAUGCCAUAGGGGUCGAUCCACUGGCUGCCAGCAACAUCAAGGGGAAAGGGAAGAGGGGGUUCGGCGAAGGCGGGAGUUUCUGGACACAAAUACUCGGCGGUGAUGUAAAUGACUUUUACUUUGAGGUUGCUGUGAGAGUCGUUGAACUUUGCAGAGAGACGCGCGCUGAGAACGGCGGCCUAAUAAGCGUAGAGGCUUGCAGGAAGGUAGUGGGAGCUGGCAAGGCUAUUGGAGGGGGGUUGGAAGUUUCAGAAGAUGAUAUACUCCGUGCUGUCGAGUCUCUGGCGCCACUUGGAUCUGGCCUUAACGUGGUGAAAGUUGGUAGCAAGCAAUAUAUCCGGUCCGUUCCAAAGGAGCUUAAUACAGACCAAGCCACUGUUCUCGAAGUCAUUCAACUACUAGGUUUCGUGACUGUUUCCAUGCUACAGUUGAAUCUACAGUGGGAGAAAGCGAGAUCAAAGACAGUUAUCGAUGACCUUCUUGCGGACGGCCUUGUAUGGGUUGACUCACAGGCUGCAGAGGCUGAGUACUGGUCGCCUCAAUAUUUACAAGAAGAAAGCAGAUGA